AUGACGGCUCAGACUGCUCUCUGCCUUGCGGCCACAUCCCAGGCCCUGACUGCCUUUGCUCUCGGUUUCACAGCACCUGGAAACCUGGUUCGUCCAGCGAUUGCCUUGGUCGUCGCUUGGCUCACCUGGAUAUUCAACCAGGCUAUUGACGACGCCUUGCCAAGUCGCCUUCACAUUGCCAUGAUCUCAACUGGCAUGUGGAUUCAGUUUCUAAAAUCAUUGGAUGAUUUGUGUCUCACCAAAGUGUCCUUUGGUGAUGAGGAAACUACCGCCAAGAAAUCACCCCCCACGUCUCGGUCUGCCAUAUCUCGGUUGCGUUUUGGUGUCAGCAACCUUUGGAAUAUGCGCGGUGUCGGCACAGCACACCAGAUCUCCAAAAUUCCGUCUUGGUCAUCCUCUCCCGCAACACUAUCUCACGUUCCGUCCCGUGGCCAAGAAAUACUAAGACAUGUCAAAAAUGCCACCCUGAGCUACCUGGUCCUCGACGUAUUCGCGAACCAACCACCACCAGACCUCGAGAACCUCAUGUCACCCCGGAAUGAGCUGCUCUUCACCCGAUUGGGAGAAAUUGACGCACAUGAAGCCUUAUUUCGUCUCGGUGCCGUCCUUGGCUUUUGGCUAAACACAUUUUGUGUCAUCCACCUCGUCAACAGCGUAUUCUCUCUCGGGUACCUUAUCUCGGGCCUCUACCCUGUCCGAAUGUUACCUCCCGUUUGGGGACGCCUGUCGGAUGUUUACACCAUCAGGCGCUUCUGGGGCGACUUUUGGCAUCAGACGCUGCGACGUCAUCUCACCAGCAUAAGUGAUUUUCUCGUCCACGGCCUGCUUCACAUGCCAAGGGGAACGCUUAUUGCUCGGUACUGCAAGCUUAUCAUCAGCUUCUUCAUUUCAGGAGCCCUGCAUUAUCCCGCUGACAGAGCUCUUGGCAUUUCCGUUCAGGAGUCGAAUGCCAUCACUUACUUCCUCGUAACCGCUCUGGCGAUAAUGUGCGAGGACGGCGUGCAGCACAUUUCAAAGGGGUUGGGAGGAAACAAGAGAAAGUAUUUUGGUUAUGUCUGGGUUGUUGCUUACAUGUAUUGGAUGACUCCUUCGUGGGGGUAUCCUGCCGCGAGGGUUGUACGACCUCAGGACCAAAUGGUCUCGUACUCGGUGAUUGGAAAUCUCAAGAGUUCAGAGUGA